AUGGUUGCUAUCAAGAGGGUUGCUGUCAUUGGGGCUGGGCCCGGCGGUGCCAUCGCCGUUGAUGCCCUGGCCAAGGAGAAGGCUUUCGACCUGAUCCGCGUGUUUGAGCGCCGAGAGGCGGCCGGUGGCUGUUGGCUCGGCGACACAACGCCACCGCCGCUGCUCACGGACCUCGAGGCCCUCGCCAACCGUACGGCUGACCCUCCGGUGGACAUCCCGGACCGGCUGCCGGCCCAAACGCCGAAGCUCACUCAGCCCCGCUUCGCCGACUCCUCCGUCUACCCUUACCUCGAGACAAAUGUCGACGCGAUCCCCAUGUCCUUCAGCCAGGAGCCCAUCCCCUCCGACCGCUCACCACACUCGGUGGCCCUCCAUGGCGAGGACACGCCGUUCCGGCACUGGACCGUCAUCCGCCGCUACCUGCAGUCGCUCCUCGAGCGUGACGGCUACGAGGACCUCGUCUCCUACAGCACGACGGUCGAGCGCGUCGAAAAGGUCGGCCACGAGUGGAAGCUGACGCUGCGGCGGGACGGCGAGCGCUCCGACUACUGGUGGACCGAGUGGUUCGACGCCGUCGUCGUCGCCAGCGGCCACUACUCGGUGCCGUACGUGCCGGCGAUCCCGGGCCUCGACACGUUCGAGAAGCUGCGUCCGGGCUCGGUGCUGCACAGCAAGAACUUCCGCGGCCGGGACCACUACCGCGGCAAGCGCGUCGUCGUCGUCGGCGCCUCCGUGUCGGCGGCCGACAUCGCCUACGACCUCGCCUCGGUGGCGCAGACGCCGGUGCACGCCGUCGUCGACGGCCACCGCGCCAACCUCUACUUUGGCGACGAGGCCUUCAACCACCCGCGCAUCGCGCGCCGGUCCGACAUUGCGCGCGUCGACGGCCGCACCGUUCACUUUGCCGACGGCCGCGAGCCCGCACGCGACGUCGACGCCAUCAUCUUCGGCACCGGCUACACCUGGACGCUGCCCUUCCUGCCGGGCGUCGAGGUGCGCAACAACCGCGUGCCGGGCCUGUACCAGCACGUCGUCUACCAGCAGGAACCGACGCUGCUCUUUGUCGGCGCCGUCGCCGCCGGCCUGACCUUUAAAAUCUUUGAGUGGCAGGCCGUUCUCGCGGCGCGCCUGCUCGCCGGCCGCGCCACGCUGCCGCCGCUGGCCGAGCAGCAAAAGUGGGAGGCCGACCGUAUCGCGGCCUUUGGCGACGGCCCGCGCUUCGCCCUCGUGCACCCGCACUUUGAAGACUAUUUCAACGAGCUGCGCCGCCUCGCGGGGCCCGGCGAGAACGGCCUCGGCCGGCAGCUGCCCGUCUUUGACCGAGCGUGGUUCAAGUCCUUCCUCGACGGCCACGAGAGGCGGAAGAACAUGUGGCAGAGGCUCAACGCAAAAGCCUGGGACGAGGCUGGCGUUGACGAGCUCAACUUGGGCACGGUGCCGGGAGCCGGUCGCAAGACGAUCGAAGCACCGCCCGCGUAUGACUGGGACACGAUCAGGAAGCUGCCGUUAUUGCUGCAGGCGUUGCAGGGACUCAACACAAAGGCCUUCUAG